AUGAAGCAACCGUUUUCAAAAUAUUUCAUCGCGGCUUCCAAUAAAACCUAUCUUGUCGAAGAUCAACAAGGAGCAGUCAGCGUUGACGGCUUGUCCAGUGCACUAAAGAGGAACUGUCGGCUGGUCGAAAUUGAUAUCUUCGACCCAAGUGAAGCUAAAGGCGAGACGGAACCGAUGAUUCAAAAUGGUAUGGUGGCCAUCAGUAAAAUGCCUCUGAGCCAAGCGCUGAAAGUAAUCCGCGAGACGGCGUUCGAAAGAACACGGUAUCCGCUUCUACUUCGACUUUGCGUUCACUGUUCCGAGGACUGGCAAAAAGUCGCAGCGAAAUUGAUUGUGACACAUUUGGGUACUAAGGGCAAACGCCUAUGCUGCUCAGCAGAAAGUGGUGAAGUUUCCGAAGAUGAUCACGGUAUUGCCAGCUGUUCACGGCGGAAGUCACAACGGAUACGAUUGUGUCGCGAGCUGUCCGAUUUGGUGCCACCAUUUCUACAGGUGAAAUCGCUUCACGAUCUCAUGGCUACUGCUCCCAACUCCUCCACGAUGAACCCUCGAAACCAUGUGGCGGUACUGAGUGAAACAACGGCUCUCCGACUCACACACACCUAUGCCCAGGAAUUCAGCCAAAUGUCCAGGAAUUAUGUAGUCAGUGUUGGGCCUAACCCUUCUCGAUCAGACUCGUCCAAUCUGAAUCCGCAGGAGUUCUGGAACCACGGAAUACAACUAGUCGGCCUCAACUAUCAGACACCGGGACUCAUGAUUGAUCUGCAGGAGGGACGCUUCUCGGAAAACGGAGGUUGUGGCUACGUGCUCAAGCCAGCUAUCAUGAAUGAAGACCUAUUCGUGGCUGGUGAGAAACCCCCAACGACACCUCAGGUUGGUUUGUGA